AUGUACAACGUGGUGAACCUGGUGGUCUUCAAGGACAGCACAGCCGGGAUGGUGUUUGAGCACUGUGCUGUGGAUGGGAUGGUGGCCGGCCUGGUCAGCGAGCGCUUGUAUCAGCUAGGCCUUUAUGAUGCUUGGAUCAACUUCUCCUUGCAACUGUCUCUCAAACAAACUCUGGGUGAAUCCGCCAACCAGCACAUCCUCGUCACCCCGACACAUAUGCGCCACUACAAGCACGGCCGCUGUGACCCCACAUACUCACUGAGUCGGCCAUGUCGCCAGCUGGUCAGCGUCUUGGCCUCGGGAAUCUCCCCGGACAACACCAUCAAAUACACGGACGACCUGCUGCACAUGUUUCACUCUGCGUUUCUGGAGCACAAAAACCUCAUCAAAUGCACCAAAUGCGGUCAUGGAGUUGGUCCCCACCCCGCUGCCCUGCGCCGAGCUCUGCCGCCCGGUAAUCCCCUGAAGAAGUUUCUGGACCCAUUUGGAUGCCCCUCUGUGUAUUUGACCGGAACAGACCUGGUGGACGGUGUUGAAUCUGGAGUCGGGAACGUGUAUGCUUCAGAUCAGCUGGCUGUGACCUACCUGGGGAAAACCGACAGAGUCCGAGUCGUGCUCAAUGCCAAGGGCAGCUUUGCUCUGGUGCUGGGCAAGCUCCAAGAAGCUCUACAGUUGAACCUAAAGCUCGUCAUGCUUCUGGCUGUCAGGUACGCCAUCGUCUGUCAGAUGGGGGCGCUGGACUGUGUUCUCAAAAGGAGUCAUAAAGAGGUGGCAUUUGGCGAGCUCAAUCACUGCGCUAACAAUCACAAGCGAGCACCUCAGUCUACCACAGACAGGAGCUCCGACUACACCCUGCUGAUCCACGGCGGCGCCGGAGAGGAGACAUUGCUGAACCCACAUGUGGUUGGGGUUGUUGAGUUCGCUUUGCAAACGGCGCUGUCUCUGGGGUCUGAGGUUCUGGAGCACAGUGGCAGCAGCCUGGAUGCGGUGCAGAGGUCAGUGGAAGCUCUGGAAGACUGCUUCCUCUUCAACGCCGUCAAAGGAUCAGUCUUCAACAAGGAAGGCAAAAACGAAUUGGAAGCCGCCAUCGUGGACGGCACCACGUCCAGGUGCGGGUCUGUGACUUCCGUCACGAGCGUGAAGAACCCAGUGAGAGCUGCCAGAUGUGUCAUGGAGAAGAGCUCCCACUCGCUGAUCGUAGGAGAUGGUGCGGAAGAGUUUCUGCAGGGGGCGGAGCCCAACGACAAGCCGGUGGGACCGGACUACUUCUACACCGAUAUCUGCCACAAACAGCUGAUGGCAAAGCUCAGUGAGGUGAAGAACCCCAGGAACAAUUACCCUCAAACUGUUGGAGCUGUGGCAGUAGACCACUGUCUGGGGCUGGCAGCGGCGUCAUCCACCGGUGGGCUUGUGGGAAAGCUGAGGGGACGGGUCGGUGACACGGCAGUGGUUGGGGCCGGGAUACAUGCCGACGACAAGCUCACCAUCGACUGCUCAGGAGACGGAGAAGUCUUCCUGAGGCACACGGUUGCCCAUAAGAUCGCCAGCCUCUACCAUCACAAGGGCUACCGUCUGAGGGAGGCCUGCAGAGAGGUGGUGGGGGACACCCUGAAAGGGGUCUGUGCAGGAAUCAUCGCUGUGGACCUCAAAGGUGAAGCUGUGAUCGAAACUAACGCUGCGGAGAUGUUUGUGGCCUCAAGAGUGGAUGGGGCUUCGCAUAUGGAGUGCUUAAAGACUUACCCUGAAUAUGUGUCAUCACUGGGCGGACCACCAGCGGAGCCAGAGAGCCUGGAGAAGAUCCACUCUCAAAUCACAGAGUGCCGCCCUCCGUCCUCGUGGGGAGACCUUCUGCUGGGUCUGGUGGAGACACUGGGUCUCGGGGAGCAUCACUCCAUCCCUGAGAUGGUGCAGGAGGCUCUGCGGCAUCAUGCAGUUCCUGAACAGUCGUACAAGUGGUACAUCGACAUGCGGCGGGUGAAGCCACUGCUGACCAGUGGCUGGGGCAUGGGAACAGAGCGCUAUCUGUGCUGGCUGCUGCAGCACAGCGACGUCAGAGAUAUGCACAUCAUUCCAAGAAUGAAAGGAAUUAAAUACAUGCACUGA